AUGAGAAAUGUUAAGGAUGUUUUCUUGUCUACUUUUUCAUCUUCAAAUGGGAAAAAAAGACAUGAUGCUCCUUCUUCGUUUGUGAACGUGUUGGGUGUUCCAAGAAUGGUGGUGGCAGGGGCAAAGCCGGAAUUUUUUGUUCCAAGAAUGAAAGAUGAUGUGAAAGAUAAUGAAAGUCUGUUGCUUAAUGAGGUAAAAAGGUGGGAUAAGGAUAGUGUUGUGUGGGGGCAUAAGAUGAAACGAAAAACAAUUGUUUCUUGGGGGAGUUUGAGACAAAGGGGGGUUUUAGGGGUUGUUAAUGAGUUAGAGUCAAAGUCAAAGGUGAGAGAAAGUGAAAAGGUGGAAAAAGAUGGGAAAUUUGGAGUGAAUCGAGCUCCUAUGAGUUAG